AUGAACACCUUUGACACACAAACCCAACUCCCGUCUCUCUCUCUCUCUCUCUCUCUCUCUACAGUUCUCCCAAAGUGGAGAGAGAAAAGAAGGGAGGAGGGCGUGCAGUGAUGCCACGUGGCAAAGCAUAAUUAGCUUAAGCAAAUGUCUCUCUCUUCGACCAACAAAACAUGAACCUCUUCCCCUGACAUAGUGCCAUGUCAGAUUUGGAGCCCCCGGCGUAUUCCCCCAUCUUUCUUUCUCUCUCUACAAAUUCCAUCUAACUUUCUCUCUCUUCCUCGGUUCUCACACCUGUCCCCGUUGCUUCCUUCGCAUGCCCUAAUAUCUCCCCCCCCCCACCCCCACUCACUUUCUCUCUCCUCCAUUUUUUUCUUCCAAUCCCCCCAAAUCUCAUUUUCGAUUUUCCUGUGCUUUCAAAUUCUUUGCGUAAUUUUGAAGAUUUGUGGCGUUCUCCUGGUUCUGUUGCAACUUGUAUAUCUAUGCGGAUUUGUGGACUUGGGACAAGUUCUGUUGUAAUUUAUUGUGAAUGUUAGCUGAAACAGAAAUCACAGUUGAUUUUCAAGUUAUUACUGGCAAUGGUUGUAUAAAUGCUGCAUUUGAGGCUUGAAGAUGAAGGAAAAAGGCCCAACAGCUAAUAAUGUGAUUAGUCGAAACUGGGUGUUGAAACGCAAGCGUAAGAAACUUCCAUAUGGACCAGAUGUAUCUGUUAGCAAAGGUAAAAAGGAGGAUUUGCCGGCUGAAUCUGCUGGAGUUCCUUGCUCAACAAAAGACUUGCAGGAUACUGAAAAAAGGCUUCAUCGUUUGAAGUCUAAGAGAAGAGGAAAUGAUGGGUAUUUUUACGAAUGUGUGAUCUGUGAUCUCGGAGGAAACUUGCUGUGCUGUGACAGCUGUCCAAGAACUUACCAUCUUGAAUGCCUUGAUCCGCCUCUUAAGCGUAUUCCAAAUGGGAAGUGGCAGUGUCCCACCUGCUUGCAGAAAAUUGAUUCAUCAGAUUCUAUCAGCCCCCAAGAUUUGAUGCCAAAACGUUCUAGGACAAUCAAUCUAUCUGAUAAACUGAAAGAUGGAGACAAACCCUCUGGAACUUUCAAAGUGUCUCAGUUUCUUGGGAGGUCCAUCGGGAAAAAAAGAUCAUCCAGCAAAAGGAAAUCUGGUUUGCGUGACGGAGGCCAGUCUGUAAAGAAGCUUGAGUCUCCAAGAAUUGAUGGUUCAAGCUGUAGCAGGAUGGGACCAGUGUCUCAUGAUGGUUCUUUGGGUGUUUCCUCGCCAUGCGAAAGUGCAGAUGGUGAAAAGAAACUUCGUACGGCUACCCAGGACAUUGAAAAGAUUUCUGAUUCAUCUGCAGCUGACAGGAAGUCUAACUGUCUGGUGGAAGAUAAACUAUCCCUUCCUAUGCAUACUAAUCCUGAGCUGAAGAGUGAAACCGUCAAAGGUACGGAUGUUAUGUCUGAUAAAAUUCAGUGCACUGCAAAGAAUAUUGCAACUGCAUUAGGAGUUGUUUCGGAAGCUCGCAAAAGAAAGCAUAAACCUAGUAAGGAUGGUAACAAGAAAAAAUCUAAGAUAUCUAAUGGGGAGCAUUCAGUAAACAAAGGUCAGAAGAAUAUAUCAAAUGCACAUUUUCCUUCUCCAAAGAUUAAUAAGCCACAGAGAAAACGUCGUUCUGUUCAUCACAGACUUUCUGCUUCUCAGGAGAAUGCUGUGUCAGAAAAGAUAGAAAGUCAGCAUGAGGAGGUACGUCCAAGGGAAGCAGGGGGGUUGCCUAAAAAAGAGGACACCGGGCCUGAUAAGUUACAAUCAUUUGAAGAAAACUCUUAUGAAGAAGAAUUACAAGUUGAUCGAGUUCUGGGAUGCAGAGUGCAGGAAGAUAAAACGCUUCCCCGUUGUCAAAAUUCUGAUUUAAUGCCAAGUGAUGUGUUGUAUGGUGAAUCACACCUUUCCAAAAAUCGAAUGAGCACCCCAGAUUAUAAAGUGAGUUCAGAGCUUGUAGAAGAUGAUCCCGAAGAUCCUUCUGCAGUGCAGUGUCAAACAGUUGAGGGGUGUCUUGUGGAUGAUUCUUUAGGAGAUACAUUACAGGUAUACAAAAGAACUAUUUCUAAGGAAUGCAAAGGAGAUAGAGUGGCUGAAGUAGAGAUAAAAUUAGGUUCUAGCUUUGUCACUGGUAAAGAUCAAUUCAAACCAGAACUUUCAAAUGACAUUUUCCCAGCACCUCAAUCAUUAGAAGACCAAACCGAGGCAAGAAAUUUAGUUGCAGAUGAUGGUAGUUGCAACAAGAAGGUCUCGAUGUCUACUUUGAUGGAAUCUGAAUUAUUGGACGGAGAACAUAUCUCUUAUGAAUUUUUAGUAAAGUGGGUUGGCAAAUCUCAUAUUCAUAAUCGCUGGAUUCCUGAGUCUAGGCUGAAAGUGUUGGCCAAGAGAAAGCUAGAUAACUACAAGACAAAGUACGGGACUGCAGAGAUAAAUCUCUUUGAGGAGAGAUGGAAACAGCCCCAGCGGGUGAUAGCACUUCGGUCAUCUAAAGGUGGUACAACUGAAGCUUUUGUCAAAUGGAUGGGUCUCUCGUACGAUGAAUGCACUUGGGAGGGGACAGAUGAGCCUGUAAUCAGAAACAAUUUGCAUUUGAUUGAUCAAUUCAAUCAGUUCGAGCGCCAAACGCUGGAGAAAGAUGCUGAAAAAAACGCUUUCUCUAGGAAGGGUGGUUUACAACAAAAUGAGGUUGUCGCUCUUGCUGAGCAGCCCGAAGAGCUCAAAGGUGGUUCACUCUUUCCACACCAGCUAGAAGCUCUAAAUUGGUUGCGCAGAUGUUGGCACAGAUCUAAAAAUGUUAUUCUUGCUGAUGAGAUGGGCCUUGGGAAGACAGUAUCUGCUUGUGCCUUCAUGGCAUCUUUAUACUUUGAGUUUAAAGUAAAGCUUCCUUGUCUUGUCUUGGUGCCUCUUUCGACAAUGCCGAACUGGAUGGCGGAGUUCACUUCAUGGGCUCCAGAUUUGAAUGUAGUGGAGUAUCAUGGAAAUGUUAAAGGAAGGACUUUAAUUCGUCAAUAUGAAUGGCAUGCCAGAUAUCCAAAUAAUUUGCAUCAGAAAAGCGUGGCCUACAAAUUUAAUGUUCUUCUAACAAGUUAUGAGAUGAUUCUGGCCGAUUCCUCUCAUUUACGAGGAAUUCCUUGGGAAGUUCUUAUUGUUGACGAGGGGCAUCGACUUAAGAAUUCUAGCAGUAAGCUUUUUAGCAUGCUAAACAGCUUUUCCUUUCAGCACCGUGUCCUAUUAACUGGGACCCCUCUUCAAAACAACUUAGGAGAGCUGUACAACUUACUUAAUUUUCUGCAGUCAGCUUCAUUCCCUUCUUUGGCAUCCUUUGAGGAAAAAUUUACGGAUCUUGCAGACGCUGACAGGGUGGAGGAACUCAAGAAACUCGUUGCUCCUCAUAUGCUUAGAAGGCUGAAGAAAGAUGCAAUGCAGAAUAUUCCACCUAAGACUGAAAGAAUGGUCCCUGUCGAGCUGUCUUCUAUCCAGGCUGAAUACUAUCGCGCAAUGUUAACAAAGAAUUACCAGAUUUUAAGGAAUAUCGGGAAAGGGGUUCCUCAACAAUCAAUGCUUAACAUUGUCAUGCAACUGCGAAAAGUUUGCAACCAUCCAUAUCUUAUCCCUGGCACUGAACCUGAUUCUGGAUCAGCGGAAUUCCUUCACGAAAUGAGGAUAAAGGCUUCAGCUAAGCUAACGGUCUUGCACUCAAUGCUGAAAUUAUUACAUAAAGACGGCCAUAGAGUUCUAAUAUUUUCACAGAUGACAAAGCUUCUAGAUAUUCUAGAAGAUUAUUUGAAUGUUGAAUUUGGGUCCAAAUCAUUUGAGAGAGUUGAUGGUUCUGUUUCAGUAGCUGAUCGUCAAGCAUCAAUUGCACGCUUCAAUCAAGAUAAAAGUCGAUUUGUGUUCUUGUUGUCAACAAGGUCUUGUGGCCUUGGAAUCAAUUUGGCAACAGCUGACACUGUAAUAAUUUAUGACUCAGAUUUCAAUCCACAUGCAGACAUUCAAGCAAUGAACCGUGCUCAUCGAAUCGGGCAAUCAAAGAGACUUCUGGUUUAUAGGCUUGUAGUUCGUGCCAGUGUUGAAGAGCGUAUCUUGCAGCUAGCAAAGAAAAAGCUAAUGCUGGAUCAGCUUUUUGUAAAUAAGUCUGGAUCUCAAAAGGAGGUGGAGGAUAUACUGCGUUGGGGAACUGAAGAACUUUUUAGUGAUUCUUCUGUAAAGAGCAUUGGUGAAAAUGAUGUGAGCAAGGACGAAACAGUUCCAGAAACAGAGCAAAGAAGUAAACGAAGAGUUGGUGGCCUUGGAGAUGUUUACCAAGAUAAAUGUACAGAAGGAAGCAGUAAAAUUAUUUGGGAUGAGAAUGCCAUCUUGAAACUGCUUGACCGUUCAAACCUUCAAUCUGGAUUAAUGGAUAAUGCGGAAGCAGAUGCAGAAAAUGAUGUGCUUGGUUCAGUAAAGUCUGUGGAAUGGGUUGAUGAACCAGUGGACGAGGAAGGAAAAAUUGAAUCAACUCUUGUUAUCAUAGACGAUGUUUCAGCGCCUAGCUCUGAGAAAAAGGAGGAGGUCAGUGUUGCAGAAGAAAGUGAAUGGGAUAGGCUUCUGCGUGUGAGGUGGGAAAAAUAUCAGAAUGAAGAGGAAGCUUCUCUUGGUAGAGGGAAACGUCUCAGAAAAGCUGUUUCUUACAGGGAAGCCUUUGCAUCUCAUCCCAAUGAAACUUUAAAUGAGACCGGUGCUGAGGAUACCCGAGAACCAGAACCAGAGCCUGAAAGAGAGUACACACCUGCAGGACGUGUUUUCAAGGCAAAGUAUGCUAGGCUUCGUGCUCGGCAAAAGAAUCGACUUGCUCAGAGAAAAGCACUUGAAGAACUUUCUUUUGUUGGUGGUCCUCCCAAAUCUGAAUUGCAUUCUGAGUGCCCUCCAUAUAAUUUGGAAGAGAAGGAAGGAGCUUCAAGGUCCGUUAAACCUUAUGGAGAAGAAGCUACAUCAUUUGAUUUGGAAAAUACAAAGUCGAGUGAAUUGGAGGUUCGAAAUAGUUGUACUGGCACUUCUCAAAAGGCUGGAAAGCUAUUGAAACUUAAAAUCGACGAUUAUCACAACUCAUCCGUUAAAAUCCAUGGCAAUACCUCUUUGAAUGUGGUUUCUGGUCAGAGUAUGGGUGCAAAUUUAUCAAAUUCAGCUGCUGCUGUUCUGGGACUUUGUGCACCAAAUGCUUGUCAACCAGAGUCAACUUACAGAAACAUUUCGAGGUUAAGAGAAAAUAGACAAGGAUACCAGUCAGACUUUCUUUCAAGCAAAUCUGCAUGCUCUGGGACUUUUAUAAAGAAAGACGGAAUGGGACUUGAGACAGCAACAGGCAAAUUAAAACUUCCUGAAGCAUCAUCAGAGUUCACACCUCAUUAUCUGAAGAAUCGUUUUCAUGACAAUUACUUCCCAUUGCCUAUGUGUCCCCCGCCAUUCUUGCAACAGAAAUUUCCAGAUGGUUUAGAGAGCUCAAGCGCCAGUCCAGCUGAUUUUUUGGAGAAAUUGGGAUUGCCCAAAUUGCCUUUCAAUGAUAAAAUGAUGUCAACAUUUCCACUUCCCCCCAAAACCUUGCAGAGCACAGCACCUGACUUCUUAGGCAACUUGUCUCUUGGAGGAAGGGACGAUUCUGCAAACGUGCAUCCACCUGCCACAGUGCCAUUCUUGCCAAAUUCAAAAUUACCUUUGCAUGACUUCCCUUAUUCCAAUCCGCAAGAAUUAGAUAUGUUACCCACACUAAGUCUGGGACACAAGCCAAAUGCAUAUCCUUCAAUUCCUGAAAAUCACCGGAAGGUUCUUGAGAAUAUAGCUAUGAGGACUGCAGCAGGAACAAGCAACUUACUUAAAAGAACGUCAAAAACAGAUGGAUGGUCAGAAGACGAACUUGAUUCCCUUUGGAUAGGUGUUCGCAGAUAUGGGCGUGGUAACUGGGACGCCAUGCGUAGGGAUCCGAGACUCAAAUUCUCGAAGUACAAAUCUCCAAAUGAUUUGGCCUCAAGAUGGGAGGCAGAGCAACAAAAGAUAUUGGAUGCUUCUCCUGGCACGAGAUCUAUGAAGCACGCAAAAUCACACAUGGCUGCACAUUUCCCAAGCUUUUCUGAUGGGAUGAUGGCGCGUGCUAUGCAUGGAAGUAGGUUAGCUGGGCCCAUAAAAUUUCAAAGCCAUUUGACAGACAUGAAAUUGGGCUUCGGUGAUUUUUUAGCAAAUUUCCGUCCAUUUGAACCUUCUAAUUAUCCUGGUUUCGUUGAUGAAAAUCAUGCUCCUUUUCAGACUUUGGGCGCUGGAACAUUUUCAGCCAGGUUCCGUGGAGACCCAUCCACCAUUCUUUCUGAUGUUCAUGGUACUUCACCAAAUGUACACAUGGAGUCACAAGGGCCUCAUAGUGCCUUUGGGCCCGGUAAUCCUACUGCAUUGGGUUUCAACUCCUCAAAUGGGUAUGCUAUACGGUCCGAGGAUGAAUUAGAUGUACAUGCACAUCAAAAGCUUCGUUGCCAACUGGAUAGCUCAGUAAAAGCUCCUCAUGAUCCCAACAAAGAUGCUUGUAGUAGUGAGCCAGGUUCCACUUUGUUCUGUCAUUCAAACAAUGGGUCAAAUCUUUCUAGUUUUAAAGGGAAAGAAGUGGCAACAGAUAGUAGUUCUUCGAAGGACAGGCUACCGCAUUGGCUCCGUGACGCUGUUGGAGCUCCUUCCAAAACUCCGGAUGGUAAACUUCCACCUACGGUAUCUGCAAUAGCAGAAUCAGUUCGUUUGCUUUAUGCUGAAGAGAAACCUUCCAUCCCACCAUUUGUUGCUCCCGGACCACCUCCUUCUCAACCGGAAGAUCCUCGGAAGAGUUUGAAGAAAAAGAAGAAGCGAAGACAUCACAUGCUUGGGCUAAUUCCGACUGAGAUUGCUGGAAGUAGCCAGGACUUCCAUGAAAGAUCCGCUGGCGAUUGUCUUGCCUCAAAAUCAGCCCCUAUCCAGUCAUCAUUGCCAACGCUUCCUUCAAAUGUGGAGUUUACGAAUCCUUCAUCAGCUUUACUUUUGGACUCCAUUGGAAAAACAAGUUGUGGAUUGACCCCUUUUCCUGAAAAACUGCAGCCAGUAGCAUCUUGUGGAACCCCAGGUCCAUGUGUGCCCCAGAACUCGUGUGUUGAGCCUACAAACUCGUCAUCGUUACUUUUGGACCCCAUUGGAAAUGUAAGUAGUGAAUUGACCCCCUCUUCUGAAGUACUGCAACCAGUCGCAUCUUGUGGAAAUCCUGGUUCGUGUGUGCCUCAGAACUCGUGUGUGGAUCCUAGAAACCAUUCGCCACCUUUACUUUCGCAGCCCAUUGGAAAAGCAAGUUGUGGAGUGGCCCCUUCUCCCGAAGUAUUGCAGCUAGUAGCAAGUCCAGGUUCAUGUGUGCUUCCAAACUCGUGUGUGACUCUAGUUUUGGAUCCCAUUGAAAAAACUAGUUGUGGGCCCUCACCUGAAGUUCUGCAGCUAGUAGCAUCUUGUGGAGCUCCAAGUCCAUGUGUGCCUCAGAACCCGUGUUUGGAUCAAGAAGAAACUAAAGAUGCAAUGGUAAAAUCUCCAGGUACUCGGAACCCGUGUUUGGCCUCCUCUGCAUAUCUUGACAAUAAACAGCAUCAGCCCCAAGAACUGAAUCAAGAAGAGAUUACACAUGCAGCAGUAAAUUCUCCAGGUACUCAGAACCCGUGUUUGUCCUCGGAUUUUCUCGACAAUAAACAGCAUCAUCCCCAUGAACUUUAUCAAGAAGGAAGUAAAGAUGCAAUGGCAAAUUCCCAACCUGGAGUGACGGCUGACCAUUCUGGAGAUUUUGGUAAAACUCAGUCUGACCUUCCCCGUGUCAAUGAACCAGAGGGUGGCGAUGUUUGUGGUGAUGUAUCAUCCGAGAAAACUGUGUCAAAUCAGACGUGACAAUGGAAAAAACUGUGGGAUGAUUGUAAAUGCAGAACUGAAGUUUAGUUGUGAGAUGAAACAUGUAAUAUUGUGCAAUAGACGGUGUAGGUUUGUUAGGGUGUUGUAUUAGCAUAUUUUCAUAACCACAUGUGACAAUUUGGGGCUGAUUGGGUCCCUUUUGUCAUGUUCAAGUCUUAGGUCCGUAGUUUAUUAUAAUUUGAUCACCCCCAGUUUUGUAGUUGCCUUUGAGGUUGCGAGUGUUAACUUGUAGCUUUGGUACAAGGAGAAGUCUAGGAAAUAUGUUGUAAAGCUUGUGUAUGUGAAAAUGAAGUAUAUAAAUGUGUACCCAAUUUGGUGUGGCUUAUGCCACCCGUUAAUUAUCCUUCAUUUUAUGUUA